AUGAAAAUACAAAUAAAAAGAGCAGGCUUUUAUUUCUCAGUACACACCAAGUCUUUGAACUGUUUCAAAAUGCAGGAAAACCUUCUCAUUGAUACUCUAAAAUCCUUCAAGGAGCUAACAGAGGAGGAUAAGCAGGAAUGCAAGAAGAUCUUCGACAGACCUCUUUCUCCCAAACAACAAGAUAAUAAGUACAUCAAGUUUACAACGGAAAUCCUUCAAAAGUUCUCAAGGGAAACGCGGAUAAAGCCUUGCUUUUUGACUUUCCGUUUGAUAUCUUUGCACACCAGCUACAGUGCUCUUAUAUUCAGUCUGUGUGGCAUAUUCGAAAGCUUCCACUUGGUCAUUUAUGCCGCAGUUUUGGAAGAUGCAAAGGUGCCAGAAAAAGAUAAAUUUAUCAGUGAUAUUUUGGGUAAUGUUAUUAACAAUGAGUUACCAAAGCUGAAGUGUUUUAGCAUGCAGUUUGUGUUGCUUCAAAACAAUUUAAUCAACCAAAGUGUGGUCAGGAUUUUUUCGCAGAUGCAGCACAGCAUCGACAAUGAUUUGUUAUUCAUUGCUGACUCGAAAUAUUGGCGGCACUCGAUGGUGCAUAACCCCUAUGCUGAAAAUGCCUGUUUUGAAAUUCUUAAUUCCUCGAUUUCUGCUGAAAAUAUAGAAGAAAUCUUCAAGAAAUACAAAAGAAUAGCUAGCAUUAAGAAUCUUGACUAUCUGGAGCAGUUUGCAAGUGAUUACUAUAAGCUUUCCCGGAGACUAUUGGCUGCCGAAUCAUCCUCCAUCGUUUUACACCUUUGCACCUUGGAACGUUUGGAUAAUUUUGAAAAUAUCAUCCGCAGACACAUGAAGGCAUAUGAGGAGCAGAAGGUUACGCGAAAAUUGAUCUUUCAACUUUUGAGGGCAUUGAUCAUCAUCUUUGACCGCUAAAUCUGCCGGGCCCAAUAUAAACAUGAUAUGUAUUUACUUAUCUUUA